AGUGAAGCUAAGACGUAUCUGAUAUUGCCGGGAUAUGUCGAUGUUCUCUGAAUGGUUAACCACGUGACAUAUCCAACAUGGCGAGCCCCAGAAAGAAGCGUGGUUCUGUGAAACUCCCUAAUAAUGUGGCCCUGGAACCCGAACAGCAGGAGGAAUUCGAAAAAACUGUAUUGGAAAUCAAAAACAGGGGAACAGGGGAUGUCAGCCAGCCUGGAGUUGUCUACAUCGGACAUAUUCCACGUGGAUUCUUCGAGCCACAGAUGGAGUCCUUCUUUUCACAGUUUGGGAAGGUGACACGGCUCCGUAUGGCUAGGAGUAAAAGGACUGGUAACUCAAGGGGUUAUGCCUUUGUAGAGUUUGCUUCUGAAGAGGUGGCCAAGAUUGUCGCUGACACAAUGAACAACUACCUCAUGUUUGAGAAGCUUCUGAAAUGUGCAUUCUUGCCAAAGGAGAAGGUACAUGAAGCACUCUUCAAGGGAUGUAAUCGGAAGUUCAAGCGCCCCAAGAGUCAUGUGAAUGCUAUACAGCGCCACAACGCUGUCAAGUCCAAGGCCAAACAGUUGACUCUCGCAAGAAAGACACUCAGCAAGCAGAAGAAAUGUUUCUCCAAGUUAGCAGAACUGGGUAUCGACUUCACGUCUGACGACAUCACGACGAACCUAUCUGUAAAGAGGAACGUAAAGUCUCCUGUCCCCAACACUGUGAAGGGUAAAGAUGGCAGCAACAAGGCCAUAUUGUGGGAGGACAGCACAGAGGAGGAAAUAUCCUUCAAGACACCUCCGAAUGUUAUCAAGUCAUCCAAACUGACGAGGACCACAAGUGGUUCGUUGAAGAUUAAUAUGGAUGAUUCAGUGACGAUAGAACUGGAACUGAAAAAGGGGAAGGCAAAGAAAGUUGUCAAAAAAGACAGCAAGAAAAAUGAGGGAAAAGUCCCUGUGAUUCCUAAAGUAGGGGAGAAGGGCAAGUUGAAGAGUACAAGGAUGAAAAGGAAAGUCGUCAAGUGAACAGUUGGUGCAGUUGGGCAUGAUUGGGAGGGUGGUCGAUGAUGUGACCGGGACAGGGUGGUCGAUUAUGUGACUGGGAGAGGGUGGUCGAUGAUGUGACUGAGAGAGGGUGGUCGAUGAUGUAACCGGAGAGAGGGUUUGUGAAUGAUAUGACGGGGAGAGGGCUUGGAAGGACUCCAUGCCGGUGUAUAGCUUCAGGAUUGUAUGCUAUAUCACAUUAAAGGUGUGAUCAUGUCACAUGAGAUUUUCCUGACUCAAAGGCCUCACUCCAUGUAUCCUAGCAACCUCAAGUGUGGGGAUGGUGUUGUAAUUGAGUACAGUCUUAUUUGACAAAGUUGAUCCUUUCAUACUGAUUCUUUCUUGGUAAGUAAGGUGUUGCAAACAUGCUAGGUUGCACUUGUAUUUCAUUUAUAUUUGUUUAUACCACACUGACAAGUCUUAUGUGAGACGUGGAUAUCAGGAUUAUGAGAUUGUGUUCUGGGUGGGAGGAUGUGAGAAUGGCAUCCUCUGUUGGGAUGGUGUGAAUCGUGUGUUUAUGGUUGGAUAAUGUAAACAUGUCUUGUAAACAACUUCCUUGUUUCCCCUGUAUGAUGACAGUGCUAUGUAAAGAUGAUGUACAUACCAUGAUUCCUAUCUGCUCGUGAUGGCAAUAAAACCAUGAUUGUC